UCUGGCUACAUGUGACGUCACGAGAUUUCCUUAGACCAAGCGGCAGCUGCUGAAGCUAGUCACAGAGCCGGGAGGACUGUCGCAGCAAUUUCUGUCUACAAAUGAUUAUUUUCGGAUAUUAUAAUUGGACGUAGCAUCAGCAGCAAUGGAUACAUCCCGGUUUUUCUUCCAUUUUUAUCACUGACUGACUGUUCUUUCCAAAUAUUUUGCUGCGUUGGGAAGCACGCAAGCGCUCGAAGGGGGGGUGUCCCUAGCUAUCAUUAUUCGACUUGCCAGGCUGAGUCACCGCUGGAGUGCCUUAAGAGAGAGAGCGAAGGAAGACGUGGAGAGAAAGGUAGUGUGAGAGAGAGAGACGGCUAGGGGAGUAAAGACAGAGAGUGAGAGGAAAACGAGUGGCGAGGAGGUAGCAGAAAGGAGAAGAGAGAGCCAAGGGAGUUGGGGAAAAAGAUGGAGUAAGGGAGAGAGAGAGACAACACACAGAGACUGAGUGAGGAGAGUGGGCGUGUAUCUGUGAGAAAGAGACAGCAAGGUCAGGACUGCUGAACUCCCCCCACCCACCCCCUUGGGUCUGAGCGCUGGGCUGACGGUCAAGGCGACGCCACUAUGAGUGACCAAAACGUUGUCAAGGAAGGCUGGGUUCAGAAGAGAGGUGAGUACAUAAAGAACUGGAGGCCGCGCUACUUCCUGCUGAAGACAGACGGAUCCUUCAUCGGCUACAAAGACAAACCCCAGGACGCAGACCUGGCCUAUCCCCUCAAUAACUUCUCUGUAGCAAAAUGUCAGCUGAUGAAGACAGAGCGGCCAAAGCCCAACACGUUCAUCAUCCGCUGUUUGCAGUGGACAACGGUUAUUGAGAGGACAUUCCACGUGGACACGCCCGAUGAGAGGGAUGAGUGGGCCGAGGCCAUCCAGAUGGUGGCCGACUCCCUGGCCAAGCAGGAGGAGGAGGGGAUCCUGUGCAGCCCCACGUCGCAGAUCGAGAAUGAGGUCAACGAGGAGGAGAUGGACACCUCCACCAGCCAACACAAACGGAAGACAAUGAAUGACUUUGACUAUCUGAAACUACUGGGAAAAGGCACUUUUGGGAAAGUCAUUCUGGUGAAGGAGAAGGCGAGUGGAACUUAUUAUGCCAUGAAGAUCCUGAAGAAAGAAGUUAUCAUCGCCAAGGAUGAAGUUGCUCACACCCUCACAGAAAGCAGAGUGUUGAAAAACACCCGGCAUCCAUUCCUAACAUCUCUGAAGUACUCCUUUCAGACCAAGGACCGGUUGUGCUUUGUCAUGGAGUAUGUGAACGGAGGAGAGCUGUUUUUCCAUUUGUCAAGAGAGCGAGUGUUUUCUGAGGACCGCACCCGAUUCUACGGAGCUGAGAUCGUCUCCGCUUUAGACUACCUUCACUCUGCCAAGAUAGUGUACCGCGAUCUGAAGCUGGAGAACUUGAUGCUGGAUAAAGACGGGCACGUCAAGAUCACGGACUUCGGCCUCUGCAAAGAGGGCAUCACCGACACGGCCACCAUGAAGACCUUCUGCGGCACGCCAGAGUACCUGGCUCCAGAGGUGCUGGAGGACAAUGACUACGGCCGGGCGGUGGACUGGUGGGGUCUGGGCGUGGUCAUGUAUGAGAUGAUGUGCGGUCGGCUGCCCUUCUACAACCAGGACCACGAGAAGCUGUUUGAGCUGAUCCUCAUGGAGGAGAUCAAGUUUCCACGCACGCUCUCCUCCGACUCCAAGUCCCUGCUCUCCGGCCUGCUCAUCAAGGACCCCAACAAACGACUCGGUGGCGGUCCAGACGAUGCGAAGGAGAUAAUGCGCCACAGUUUCUUUGUGGCUAUAGACUGGCAAGACGUCUACGACAAAAAGUUGGUCCCCCCCUUCAUGCCACAGGUCUCGUCAGAGACAGACACCCGGUAUUUCGAUGAGGAGUUCACGGCACAGACGAUCACCAUCACUCCCCCGGAGAAAUACGAUGAAGACGGGAUGGGUGAGGGUGACAGCGAACGGAGGCCUCAUUUCCCACAAUUCUCGUAUUCGGCCAGCGGACGAGAGUGAAGGUCAUUGCCAGCCAGUAUUGCCCCCCCCGCGUCCGUUUCGAGGAAAACACGUAGCCAUUUUAGGAAAAGUCUCCCCUCUUUUCUCCUUCUCUGUAUUCGAGUGCAGACUGGGAGAAGUUGUCUUUUUAGGGACUGUAAAAGGGGUUUUGCACAGUGGGAUAGACUCAAGCUGGUCUCUCCACACAAAAAAAAGUAUCUUACAUUUUCAACGCUAUAUACUGCAGAAGGCAAUGUUUUUGUUAUUUAUUUUUAUCCGUCAAUAUUGGGUUGUCGACCUGUUACGUUCUUUGUCUUUUUUAAAUUUUAGUUUGAACUUUUUUGCACUUGGUUUGGAAGAGCCGUUCUAGGGAACAAAACCAAAAAUGUUGCCUUAUGUGUGCAGAUGUUUCGUAUCAUACAGACAGGGUUUAGGUCGGGGGGGCUCGUGGUUCAUUCAAACAAUUAUUUUUCUCAUAUACAAUGCCAUGGCGGUGCACAUUCUCCAAUCCCAUGGCAACGAGAGUCACUAUCUGCUAAAAACAACAAAAAAGACAGAACUGACCGUUUCUUUCAUUCCAAUUUCAUUGUCAGUGUUAUUACUUUUCAUUCUUUUUUACCUUUUCAUUUUCUGCCAGAGAUUUCUACUUGGUUAUUGUUUGACAGAAACACUAAACUGCCAGAUACUGCACGGUUCACUCAGGCAACACAGAGCACAACCGCAUUCAACUCAGCUACCAGUUUAGCUUUACACACCCAUCAGGGAAAAGCUAUUAUGAAUAUAUAUACAAGCCUUUUUUGCGUCUUUUUUCCACAGUCAUUUGAUUAAUAACUUAUUUUCAUAGCUAUAGAAAAAAUAGUGGUAUAGAUGUUUACACAAGGAAUGUGGCUCACACACACACACUCUAACAUCAGAGCCAGCUCUGAGCUCUGCUGAUAUGGCUUGUGACAGACUAUGAAAUCUGUAUCUGUAAAAAAAGUAGAAUCUUCCCAAAGCGACAAGGUGGGCGGAAGGCAUCACUAACCAUGUCGGGUCACAGAUCACGUGUAACUGAGCCAUGAAUAUACUUGUGUAUGAUGAUAUGAUGAGGACUGUGAGAAUGGAGAGAGAAAAGGAAAGCAGUUCCCCCACGUUUUUUGAUGUAAAUAUGCAAUGCCUUUUUUUGUUCUUAGUGGCAUCUUGGCCAGACAUGAACUUUUGUGUGUGACUGUACUUCAAGCUUGCAGAGGAGAAUCAAGACCGGAGGAAAAGGAAGACUGAGAAUGACGUUUUGGGUUAAAACAAUGUAAACUACAACGUUGAAGAAUGACUGGACACUCCCAUUUUGUGACUGGUGUCAGCGUCGCCUCGACCUGUCUUUCCAGAAGAGGUUUCCAUGGAGACGAGACCCUUUUUCGCUUUUGGUCAAAUUAAUUGACACCCACUGUAAUGUUUUCUUUUACCCGUUCAAUUGGGACCAUGGUCAAUUCUGCAGUGAUAUGUGGUUACAUCAGGUCGUUAUCAUUCCCUUCCUUUUUUGUACCAUAGUACUAGAUUUAUUUAUGUUUGUGUCAUUCUAGGCAGUGUUACCCAGUUUUGUUCAGAGUCAAAGAGGAACCUCUCUUUAAGCCGCUGAAGGAUGAUAUUGUUGGAUGCAUUACUAAAGUCUGUUUUUUAUCCAAUUGUUUUUUGGAUUGUUUGCUUGUUUGUUUUCUUACCAAAACAUUAGGGCAAGAAACCAAUAGUGAACUUGCAAUGCCGUGGUAGUAUUUAUUUUGAAUUAAAUUAAAGGAUACAUUUCAGGGUU